AGAACUCCGAUAGGUUUGCGCAAAAUGGCUCGCUGGCCUCUUAUUUUCGAGGACGUGUACAAAAUAUCCACAAGAUCUAUGCGUUUGAAUUGUUCUCACCCAUUCAUCGCUGAUCGAAACAAGUUUUGGUUGAUAAAAGUCGUUUUUCUCCGUGUCAUCGCAUUAGUUUGCUUCAUUUUCCUUCUAAAUUCCAUCAUAUGUCACGAUGUUAAAGCCAAAAAGUAUACUGAGGCCAUUAAGAACGGUAUAAUGGCAAUAGUAGCAAUGACGGUGACCUUCAAACAUGGUAUACUCGUACAUCGUCAUCGUUCAAUAAAGGAUCUCAUUAAGUUGAUCGAUAGAGAUUACAAGCUUGCGGAAGAUUUAUCUAGUGAAGAAAGAAAUAUUGUUUUAUAUUACGUAGAGAAGGGAGUCCAAAUCUGUCGUUUUUGGCUAGUCGCCGCUGGGCUCACGAGUUUAAUGUUCCCGAUAAAGGCGCUCGUUUUGAUGGCACAACAUUGUUUGAAAGACGAAUGUGCGUUGAUUCCAAUGUUUGAUUUUACAUACCCAAAAGUUAUCAACGAAUACAAAGACAUAUUGUCUGUUUAUUGCGCCACGUUCCUUUUGUGCAUCUCGUUCGAUUUAUAUUCUAUGUCCGUUUAUAUCGGCUUCGAUCCUCUGGUGCCCAUUUUUAUGUUACAUACUUGUGGACAACUGGAUUUAGUUAGCAGAAAUUUAUCCAAAGCACUCAAGGAAGCAUCGACCACUCAAGAAAAAAAGGAAAAUUUAAAACGCAUUAAUCUUAAGCUUGUUGAAAUAUACAGAUUUGUAAAAAAUGUGCAAAAAAUCUUCGUUAUACUCUACGAAUUUAAUAUGAAAACAACAACUUUUCUCAUACCAUUUUCUGCUUUUCAAAUUGUGGAGUCGUUACGCAAUAAGGAAAUUACAAUAGAAUUUAUUUCAUUUUUCUUCGGCGCAAUAUUACACUUCUAUGUCCCUUGCUACUACAGUAAUCUCUUGAUGGUAAAGAGCGAGUCACUUCGACAAGCUAUUUACGCCUGUGGAUGGGAAAUGGAGUCUGAUAUACAAAUUCGCAAGACAAUUUUGCUCAUGCUCACGAGAACUUCUGCGCCGCUUGUCAUAAAAACUGUGUUUUAUCCCAUAUGCCUAGAUACAUUUGCGGAGAUGGCCCGUCAAGCUUAUGGCAUCUAUAAUAUUAUGAAUGCAGCAUGGGUAUAGAAUCGACUUUUUAACUAAUAAUUUAAAAA